GGCCUGAGCAUCCCCGGCUGUGACAGCUCCGGCCCCGCGUCCCCGCCGUCGCCCGCCCUCGGCCCCGCCGCCUCGCGCCAUGCCCGCCGUGGACAAGCUCCUGCUGGAGGAGGCCUUGCAGGACAGCCCCCAGGCUCGCUCCUUGCUCAGUGUGUUCGAGGAGGAUGCUGGCACCCUCACGGAUUACACCAACCAGCUGCUGCAGGCCAUGCAGCGUGUCUAUGGAGCACAGAAUGAAAUGUGCCUGGCCACCCAACAGCUUUCCAAACAGCUGCUAGCAUACGAAAAGCAGAAUUUUGCUCUCGGCAAAGGUGAUGAAGAAGUAAUUUCUACACUCCACUAUUUUUCCAAGGUGGUAGAUGAGCUUAAUGUUCUCCACACUGAGCUGGCUAAACAGUUGGCAGACACCAUGGUUCUACCUGUUAUACAGUUUCGAGAAAAGGAUCUCACAGAAGUCAGCACUUUGAAAGAUCUUUUUGGACUCGCCAGCAAUGAGCAUGACCUCUCAAUGGCAAAAUACAGCAGGCUUCCUAAAAAGAAGGAGAAUGAAAGGGUCAAGACUGAAGUUGGGAAAGAGGUGGCAGCUGCCCGGCGGAAACAGCACCUGUCGUCCCUUCAGUACUACUGUGCCCUCAACGCGCUGCAGUAUCGAAAGCGGGUGGCUAUGAUGGAGCCCAUGAUAGGCUUUGCCCAAGGACAGAUUGAUUUUUUUAAGAAGGGAGCAGCGAUGUUUUCCAGUAGUAUGGACAGCUUCUUAGCCUCGGUCGCAGGCAUGAUGCAAAGCAUUCAGGUGGAACUGGAAGCCGAGGUGGACAAGAUGCAGGUGUCCCAGCAAGAGCUCCUCUCGGUCGAUGAGUCUGUGUACACUCCAGACUUUGAUGUGGCUGCACCGCAGGUCAACAGGAACCUCCUCCAAAAGGCUGGCUACCUGAAUCUCAGAAACAAAACCGGGCUGGUGACCACCACCUGGGAGAGACUCUACUUCUUCACCCAAGGCGGUAACCUCAUGUGUCAGCCUAGGGGAGCGGUGGCUGGAGGACUGAUCCAGGACCUGGACAACUGCUCAGUGAUGGCGGUGGACUGUGAGGACCGGCGAUACUGCUUCCAGAUCACCACACCUAAUGGGAAAUCGGGGAUAACCCUCCAGGCAGAGAGCAGGAAAGAACAUGAAGAGUGGAUAUGUGCAAUACACAACAUCUCCAGGCAGAUCUACCUGACUGAAAACCCAGAGGCAGUCGCCAUCAAGUUGAAUCAGACGGCUCUCCAGGCGGUGACUCCCAUUACAAGUUUUGAGAAGAAAUCAGAAACCUCCUGUCCCAGUCUGAACCUGAAAAAUUCAGAGACAGAAAAUCAUACGAUUCCUGCCACAGAACUGAUAGCACCUGGAACACCUAUUCAGUUUGAUAUUGUGCUUCCUGCAACGGAAUUCCUCGAUCAGAACAGGGGGAGCAGGCGCAGCAACCCUUUUGGUGAAACUGAGGAUGACUCAUUUCCUGAAGCAGAAGAUUCCCUUUUGCAACAGAUGUUUAUAGUUCGGUUUUUGGGAUCCAUGGCAGUUAAGACAGACAGCACGACUGAAGUGAUUUAUGAAGCUAUGAGACAAGUACUGGCUGCUCGGGCUAUUCACAACAUCUUCCGCACAACAGAAUCCCAUCUGAUGGUUACCAGUCAAAGUCUGAGGUUGAUAGAUCCACAGACUCAAGUGUCAAGGGCCAAUUUUGAACUUACCAGUGUCACACAGUUUGCUGCUCAUCAGGAAAACAAGAGACUGGUUGGCUUUGUCAUCCGUGUUCCUGAGUCCACAGGAGAAGAGUCUCUGAGCACAUACAUUUUUGAAAGCAACUCAGAAGGCGAAAAGAUAUGUUAUGCUAUUAAUUUGGGAAAAGAAAUUAUUGAGGUUCAAAAGGAUCCAGAAGCACUGGCUCAAUUAAUGCUGUCUGUACCACUAACUAAUGAUGGAAAAUAUGUACUGUUAAACGAUCAACCAGAUGACAAUGGUGGAAGUCCAAGUGAAAAUAGAGGUGCAGAAUCUGAAGCAUAACUCACUGGGGCGUGUGGGGAAGACACACAGAAGGAGAGCUACCUCGCUAAGGGUUCUCAACUUCUCUGAUGCACAGGCACACUGACCUGGUUUCAGAAUGCUGACAAGCGUUUGUGGAAUGUACCCCUCGAUGUCUUGCUACUGAGACUUGGGAGGGAGACAAUAAGAAAUGGGUGACAACGUUUCUACUCUCUACAAAUGUUAUUUUAGGUGCUUUGUGGUAAGUCUUUUCGUUAGACUGCAUUAUUUAGUGCUCAGAACAAAAGCUAUGAAAAUGCAUUGUUUGGAUGUCAUCUCCAGUAUCUUUUGUAAAAAUAGCAAAAGCUGAGAUUUAAAAUACUAAAUAUUUCCUAUUAAUAUAAUCUAUUUUUGUAUUUUACUUAAUGAAUCUUAAGUGCCUGUCAUUCUUGAUGUAAUUAAGUUCAGUCUAUCUCAUAACUGGACCUCACAGCAUUACAUUACUCUGUAGUUAGGUGACAAGCAGUAGUAGAGAUGCAGGUCUAGUUCUGAUAACUUCCAGACAUCAUGCAAUAAAAAGAGUAGCAGGUGAAUACCACAAAAGAUGUUUUACAAGAGACUCUUAGAGAACCAGCAUUCAUUCAAAACUGUAAGGUACUCUUAGAUGUGACUUUAGUGGAUAUUUCCUGUGGCCAGGGUACAACUCUACUAGUUCCUGUUUCUUCUGAGCCAGACCCUCAAGUAAGGGACCAAUUAAUUUUAAAACUUACUUGAAGCACAGCUGCUUGUGGGGCAUGGUAUAAAGUUUUAUUUCUACCCUGGUAUUUUUGGUUCCUGGAGCCAAUCCACUCAUCUAUCCCCCCUAAUUAUGAAACAAGUGUAAGGAUCUUGAAUUGGUAUAGUGUGUUUAAUUGUAACCAAUUUCAACCGACUCCUUUUAUCUUUGUAAUACUAACAUAGCAAUAAAAAUUACCAUUCUGUA